AUGCUUUCUGGUGGACAUAUGGAUGCCGGAAGGGCGGAGCUGGUGGAUGCUCUGCGCUGUAAGCUGCAGGAGGCCACUGAAUGGCCAGACCCUGACUAUCUCCGAGCCGUCACCUCCGACGUCGGCAAGUUAUUAUCUAGCUUCUCUGUCCCUUCGGCCUGUGAGAGGAACAGGAAUGUCUCGAUGGGAACGGAGGUGGAUCUGGAGGCCAAAGCCUUGUAUCCUGAGGAUGCCCCAAUGGACAUGGUCCCUCUGAGCUGUCAGGGUCAGGGGAACCACCUAUUUGAAGCGGCCAGCGUGUCGCUGUUGGGUGACAGCAGCCUGAGCGCGGAGCUGCAGGUCAGGACCAUGGUGGAGAUGCUGCUCCACAAACAGUAUUACCUCAAGGGGAUGAUCGACUCCAAGAUCAUGCUGCAGGCGGCCAGAUUCUCUCUCUGCACUGAGGAGUCUGCGGCUCGAAUGGACCAGCUGCCUAUGGCCAUCCUGGAGGCCAUCUUUGACGCCGAUGUCAAGGCUACCUGCUUCCCUGGCACCUUCUCCAACAUGUGGCACAUCUAUGCUCUGGCCUCAGUUCUGCAGAGAGAUGUGUACUCCAUCUACCCCAUGAGCAACAUGAAGAUCAGACCCUAUUUCAAUCGUAUUAUCCGGCCCCGGGCCAGGGCGGGGUCUGCCUGUCAGUCCCAGACUCUACAUGUUAUGUGGGCAGGGGAGAGCCUCUCCCGCUCGGUCUUCAGGCCUCAGUACUUUGCCCCCGUUGUACCCGUCAGCACCCUGCACUGCCCCAGCUCAGGGGAGGCUUUGCCUCGCAACACCUUGGAGCUCCUGAACAUGGACCCUGACAUCUCCUACUCUAUGCUACGGGAGAAAUACAGCAUCACCAAAAGCACCUUCUACAGGUGGAAGAGACAAUCCUGGGAGCACAGGCAGAAAGCAGCCACCAGGUACGAGGCCAAGCAAUAUCUCCAGCAAUGUUUCUCAGCUGGUAGCUUCCUGCCCCUCCAGCAAUUCCGAACCCGCUUCCCCGAGGUCUCCCGCUCCACCUAUUACACCUGGAAACACGAGAUGCUCCUGGGGGCGGGUGUGAGAGUCCCAGGGCUGGACGCUGGGAUUCCGGGGGCAAACGAGAACCAGUCACCUCUCUCGGGGGGCUCGGAGAACACAGAGAGCUCCAAACUCCACCCCAGGCCCGGCUUCCCAAGGCCCUUUAACAGCCAAAGGUCACCAUCCAUGCAGCUGGUUAAAAGCUUCCUGAGGAACUGUGUAUCCCUGAACAUGUGUCCUCCCUACAAGAGCUUCAGGAAGACUUACCCCUGGAUCUCCAGGUCCACGUAUUACAACUGGCGACGAGAGGCCAUGACCCGGGUAGCUCUGGGACCCAAGGACAGUGCCACGGGGCAGAUUGGAAACACUUUGGUGGGACUUGGUGAUCUUCAAUUGCCCUCUCUGUACAAGAGCAGGGCAGGAAGUGACCUUCGAAGCCCUUUCCUCCCCCUCUGUGGCAGCAAGAGUAAUCCCUCCCCCUUGCAGAGGACGGAGCGGGAAGAAGCCAAGAGAAGGGUCCAAAAAUGGCGAAUGCCUCACUCCGUGUUCCGUGUCCGGUACCGGACCAUCUCCAGCUCCACCUAUUUCCUGUGGAGGAGGGCAGCCGGCCACCAGGGGGCGGGGCUGAGACAGCAGCGACGAGAGGGGGCGGGGCUGAGGGCCUGUGGUGAGACGGGGGUAUCAUUGGACAGGCGUCAGCAUCUCGUUGCUGCCUCCACCUGCCUCCGAUCUGGAAUGUUCUCUCUGCUCCCAGCUCCUGCCAAGACCUUCAAUGUGACAUCUUUGUCCAAGGCUGAAGCCAAACUGUUUCUGCAGCAACGAUUCGAGUCAAACACUUUCCCGACUUUCAAGGAAUUCAGCGGUUUCUACCCUCUGACCCCCCGCUCUACCUACUACAUGUGGAAACGGGCCCUGAUCAAUGGCAUGGUGCUGACGGACUAUUAA